AUAACCCAAUUCCUUCGACUUCAAACUCCAGGGCUCUUUCCAAUGUCCCCUACGAAGAAUCUGCCGUUGAAGGCUUCCAAGACGCCCCAUUAUCACGAGGCGGACAAGCCCUGCGUGGACCAAUUAGUACCAUGAGAAAGACGACCUGAGCCGCACGGCUGCGGGAAACGCUGCAGGCCGACCACGGUCACUUUUGGAGCUAGUGUCACAUUGCGGGUCGGAGGGCCAAACGCAGAGACGACCAAUGCGAGGUUGGGUCUGGCCUGCAGAAGGGCAUCGGUCAAGAUGAGGUUGCUUUUGCGGCUGUGGCGAGGAGCCAACGCGAGUGGCGGCGGCUUUGGGGCUGCGAGCAGGAAAUGGAGAACGACUGGGAGCCGAAGAAUCGAUUUCAGAUUCCGGAUUGGCUGGGCUGCCUCCCGGGGCCGAAAAAUGGGGUUAAACUGCGCCAGGUUCGCAGCCGGCAUCAUGGCAGAAAGGGCCUUCACCAACCCCUACCCAGAUUAUAGCAAAUCCCAGACAAUGGAGUAUUUUGACACUUCGGGGAGGCUUACUACUGACUUCUCGCAACGAAUAAACAAUAAGAUUCGAGAGCUUCUUCAGCAGAUGGAAAUUGGCCUAAAAUCAGCCGACCGUAGAGACUGCACUACCUACACUGGAUGGGCAGGUAUUGCUCUUCUGUACUUACAUCUCUAUGAAGUGUAUGGCGACCCAGUCUACCUACAAAUGUCCCAUGAAUACGUAAAAAAGAGCUUAAAUACUCUGACCAAGCGCACCAUCACCUUCCUUUGUGGGGAUGCUGGCCCCUUAGCGAUAGGAGCUGUGGUGUACCACAAGAUGGGGAAUGAGAAACAGGUAGAGGACUGCCUCACUCGUCUUGUCCACCUGCAUAAGCUUGACCCCCGAGCUCCUGAUGAAAUGCUCUAUGGACGAAUGGGCUACAUUUAUGCUUUGCUUUUUGUGAACAAAUACUUUGGACAAGAAAAGAUACCUCAGCACCAUAUUCAGCAGAUUUGUGAUAUGGUAGUAUCAUCAGGUGAGGGUCUUGCCAGAAAAAGAAACUUCAUUUCAAAGACACCACUGAUGUAUGAAUGGUAUCAAGAAUAUUAUGUGGGUGCUGCCCAUGGACUGGCAGGUAUUUACUACUUCUUGAUGCAGCCUGUCCUUCAGGUAAGCCAAGUGAAGUUGCACAAUGUGGUCAAGCCCAGUGUAGACUAUGUCUGUGACCUGAAAUUCCCUUCUGGCAACUAUCCUUCAUGUGUGGAUGAUACUAGAGAUCUUCUUGUCCAUUGGUGUCAUGGGGCUCCUGGGGUGAUCUACAUGCUAGUCCAGGCUUACAAGAUAUUUGAUGAGGAAAAGUAUCUUAAUGAUGCCUUUAAGUGUGCUGAUGUGAUCUGGAAGUAUGGGUUACUCAGAAAAGGAUAUGGGCUGUGCCAUGGUGUUGCAGGCAAUGCAUAUGCCUUCCUGUCUUUAUACAAAAUCACCCAUGACGUGAAAUAUCUGUACAGAGCUUGUAAGUUUGCUGAAUGGUGUCUAGAUUAUGGUGAGCAUGUAUGCAGGACCCCUGACACACCUUUCUCCCUCUUUGAAGGAAUGGCUGGAACAAUUUAUUUCCUGUCUGACCUGCUUGUUCCAACAAAAGCCAGAUUCCCAGCUUUUGAAAUAUAAAAGGCCAAACACAUCCCUACAGUUCAUUGCAUGUCCAUCACUACCCAUGCAAACAUUGGCUAAAUGAGUUCAUUACUUUUCACCAUCUUUCUUAACUAAAGGGAACAAAUUCUGUGUUUAAAAUAAUUGGUCUUUUCCACAAUAAUCUUCUGCUCAAUUCAUUUUGGGGAGUUUUCUUUUGUUUAAAAGGAUAAGGGGGAAAAAAAACAUUUUAGGUUGUUUUCCUGAAAGGGGAUGAAAUGAACAGUAUUUUGGUGGAAACACACAUACACACACAUUUCUGAACUUGGAAGAAAUUUCUAGUUAUUUAAACUUUUCAACAUGAUUUAAUGUUGAUACAAUUCUCACUACUAUAAUAAAAACUGAAUUGUACUUAAAGAUUAAUACAUAACUGUUAGUGAAUAGUACUAUUUAAAUAUUAAUUUUCCUUUGGCCUAUAGAAAACAUAUUAUUAUAGCCAUGCUUUCUUUAUGAAUGGCCAACUAUCAAAGGGGAGGGGAGCAGAAAUAUAUUUCCUCUAGAAAAUUGCAAAAGCCACAAGCCUGAACCAAGGAUAUCCGAACCUUUUCUUAAAUUCACAUUGUCUAUUCAGAGUUUAAUGAACUCUUAUCUUUUUAUUUCAUGGAUAUAAGUUGGCUUUUGUAUAUAUCUCCCAGAUUAAAAAAAAAAAAAAAAACUUUUAAAAAUGUCAUAAUCAGUUUAAAAAUUUUACUUUAAUGUUUUGAUAAAGUUUAAAGUAUUCUUAGAAUUACACAUUUAUUAUUUUUGGCUCUAGAAAAAUGUUCUCAAUUUUGGAAAUGCUUAUUAAAAGGUGGAUGAUUUUGUUGUUACCAGUGAUCAGUGAAACAUGUUUUUGUUUACUACUAUAUUGUGAAUUUUUCACCCUCUUGAUCCUUUACUUCCCUUUUACUUGCCUUGUGAUCAUUGUGCUUUGGUGUACUGCUUGCUAAUGCUGUAGAAUAGUUUACUCUCUCAAGUUAUAUGAGUCUGAUCUUCUCACUAAAUAGAAUAGCACUUAUCCCACUUUUGUUACAAAGACCAAGAAAAAUCCACACACACCCCAGCCAACUACUUGAAAAGGAAGCACUUCAGCAUUUAGUAGAAGUUCUAUUUAGCUGUAGGUUAUAAUGAAGACAUCUAGGUGGUACUAUGUAUAGAGACAGAGUACUAAGCCUGGAGUCUGGAAGAACUGAGUUCAAAUUCAGCCUUAGAUGCUUAUUAGCUGUGUGACCCUAGGCAAGUCAUUUAACUCUGUUUAUACCUCAGUUUCUCAACUCUCUGAAAAUAAGCCGGUAAAGGAAAUGGCAAACCACUCCCAUGACUUAGACAAGAAAACACCAAUGAGGUCACAUAGAGUUGGACACAAAUGAAAUGAUUGAACAACAACAAAUUAUCUAAUGGGUUGUGUUCAGCACAAAUAGUGGAACAAUCUUAGGUACCUGGAUUGUACCUACUUCCAAGCUCAUGAACAAACAGAAUUGGUUUCCUCCAUAGGCAACUGAUUUGACCCAAAUGGAUUUAUUAAGAUGUUUGCGUUAAAUAUCCCAGUGAACAAAUAGAACUUUUGCUAAAUACUCAGGGGCCAGUUUUUCAAAUUAUUGGCUGUAUGGCAUUUUCCUGAUCUUUUUCAUAGAAACUCAUAGAAAAUGAGUGCUACAUGUUUAAUUGGAAGACUAAGAUUGUUAUAAAGUGGGAGAAAAGUAUAAGCAAGAAGUACUCAAAUGUAGUGAUCCCAGAACAGACAAAACACAAAUCAGGACUUAUAGAAUUGUUAAAUCAUAAAUGAAAUUUUUUUUGUUGGCUUAAUGAUAACAAAAAUAUGUACCUUUAAAAAAAUAUUUCCCCAAUACAAAACAUUUGUGUUGCAAUUCACUAUUUUCUAAGACUUUAAAAUUGGAUAGGGAAAGAAACAUUGGUGCCUCAAAAUCCUCCCGAACUCUGGGCUCAUUGGCACCCUUCCCUAUUGCUGACUCUUGGGGUAGGCUGGACCUUGCCUCUUACUCUUUUUUCUAUAGCUUUUUAGAACUCUUUAAGGGCUUAAAAAACAGUUUAGGAAAAUGGAAUGUACCUGUUUGAUCAGCAUCUCCUCACAAGAACAAAAACAUGCUUCUGACAUUGAAAUCUGACACGUGAGCUACUUGUUGGCUACUGGUGUUAACAUCCCUGUUAUUUUCCCUGUUAUCUAAAAAUAGCUAAUAAUGGAAAUAAUCUGGACCUUUAAAUAUUGCUGAUAGUAGAAUCUAAAAACACUUAACUACACAAUUUCCUGGUUGGCCUUCUAUGGAUUGUGCAAAUUGUGGGUAACCCUCAGUCACGUAUCCUUCAAAGAGUGCUUGUGGGUAAGCUGCACCUUCCUUGUGAAAGAUUUUGGGUUAACAGUAUGGGCAGUUAUGGUAAUAAAGAAAUGUAAGUCACAAGGAAGUUAAUCUGCCUUUGGCUGAUUGUCCUGGUUGAAAGAAUAAAGCUCAUUUGUUUAGCUAUA